AUGCUUUCGGGUGCGCUGCCGAGUAUGGUUGACUCUGAUGGCGGGUCGAAGCAUUCAUUUACGGCGUUCAACAUCGCGGCGUUCACGGAUGUUGACGAGUUCAAGGAGAAGAUGGACCGGAUGCUGAGGCUGCUGAAAGAGACGCCGCCCGCGCCGGGACAUGACAGGGUGCUGUAUCCGGGUCUGUCGGAGUAUGAGGAGAUGCAGGACAGGCGGGAGAACGGGAUACCGCUGCACAAGGAGGUCAUCGAGUGGUUUGAUGACAUUUGCGGCGAACUGUCGAUUCCGAGAUUGAGGGUGAUGUAA